GCGCGCGCGCGGUAGGUUUUUCAUUUCUGUUUUUAUUUUUGUUUUCUAAGUACUUUGAAUCUUCUUGGUGCCAAAUCCAAGCAUUGAAUAUUCUGACUCGCUUCGUCUCUUCGAUCAAUCAGAGAGUGGAAGAAGGCCUGAGCUUUGACCACUCUCGAGAGAUGGUUAAUCUAAGUGGACGGAGGACGGAGGGGAAGGAGUAGCAUAUUCGAACUACAGAAACAUUCCAACAGGUGUCACCAAGGAUUUGUCUGGGAAAUUUUGAGCGCCAUAAAUCAAUACCCCUUGAUCUAGCAUCAAUCCACCUGUUUCCCUUCCUUCAACUAGACAUAAAAAAAUGGCUGCUAUGAUUUCACGAAGGUUAGGUUCUAGGCUGCUAAAACCAUCUCAUUCUUCUUCGUCUGUGUUUUCUUCUCAUUUUAAGAAGCUUCAAAACCCAAUCAAUGAGUCUGAACCUUCCUCCCUCUCCAACCCCCAAUAUUAUUCCACUUUCACUUUGGCUCAGUCUUCACAAUUAACGGCUUCAAACACUAUUGUGAAACCCAGAACUUUUUGGACAUCAAGUCCGACUUUGAUAUCCCAGAAUUCUUGUAAAAACCCUGGCUUGAAGGACCAGAAGCUGUUUGGUCGGAAGCCUAGAAGUCUAGGUCUUAGCAUUCUGAGAUCAUCCAACGUGAAUUCCGGAGGCCAUUUUAUUAUACAGUUAUCGGUGGCCAAACCCAGAUCUCUCUCAACUGAAAAACCAUCUUCAGAAUCUGAUAAACCCCAAGACCCGGAGGCGUACCCUAGUCAAAACCCUCACUUCAAGCACCAAGAAAUUGAAGGGCCUACUGUGGAACGGGAUCUUUCAGCUUUGGCUGAAGAAACUCGAGAUGUCCUAGAGAAGAUGAUGAGGAACAUGUAUAGCUUAAGCAAGGCAAUGGCCUUUCUGGGUCUGGUUCAGCUUGGAUUAGGAGCUUGGAUCACACAUAUUAAGGGGUCUUCUUCUCCAAUCACAGAGGUUUCCAUCCAAAGUUUUCUGGCAUUUGCAUUGCCAUUCUCGGUGGCUUUCUUGUUGCGUCAGUCUCUGAAGCCAAUGUACUUCUUUAAGAAGAAGGAGGAGGAAGGAAGGUUACAGAUUCUCACUCUGACGCUUCAGGUCGCCAAGCAAUUGAAUCUUUUCUUUGUGAGGACUCGUGGGGUUUCUAUUAUUUGUAUGUCAGGCCUGUGCGCUGGAGUGUUUUAUCUUGUCAUCUCCAGAUGACUCGGUUGAAGAAUUAUGAACUGUGAACUAACCAUGUCUGUGGAUUUGGAUUGCUGUUGAGUUUCGGUUGGCUUAUUCGUCAAAACAGAAAACGUUGCGCAGUUUUGAUGAGGCAGCCUGUAUGUGUGGUUGAUUCAAAUAAGAUGGAAGCUGAUUAGACAUGUUUUUA